UGCAGGGUAACGCGAUGCCGCCCCUUUAAAACGCCGCCCGCUGGCGCAGAGCAGAGCGCGGAUGCUGGAGUGCACCUGCUCCGCGUUCACACACCUGCUGGGGCUUCCCCUGAGCCGCUUUCAGCUCGUCCUCAGCCUUGACGGAAGCGCCUCCACACGGCUCAGACCGCUGAAACCAUUCUGCACGUGCGGAAGCAGCAAGGACUGAACAAGGGGCUUGUUUAUUAGCCGAGCCACGGCAGGCGGGCUACCGGACGGGGCUUUAUGAAAGUGCAGUUUCCGGUUUAUUCCGUCGUUCGGCUGGAGAAGCAAGCGCUCGUGUUUGAGGCAGGAUGCCGGUGCAGAUUCCGGACGACGCGGAUUUCGCGUCUUUCAAAGAGCAGUGUGAAAACGAGGUGGGCUGGAUACAACGCUACAACAAGGCAGGAGUGACGGUGUGGUGUCGAGACGAGGAGACCAAAACAGUGCAAAAACUUAAGAUGAGUAUUGUGUGCAAGGAUGUCAGCGCAGAAACACUGUAUGAUGUCUUGCAUGACACAAGCUACCGGAAGAAAUGGGACACCAACAUGAUCGACACAUUUGAUAUUGCAAGACUGACAGUCAAUGCAGAUGUAGGAUAUUACUCCUGGAAAUGCCCGAGUCCACUGAAGAACAGGGAUUUUGUCACCAUGCGUUCAUGGCUUCCUCUCGGCAAUGACUACUUGAUAAUCAACUACUCGGUCAAACACCCGCAAUACCCACCAAAGAAAGACUAUGUCAGAGCUGUGUCUUUACUCACCGGAUACUUGAUCCAGUCCAAUGGAGCAAACUGCUGCACUCUUUACUACUUAACACAAGUAGAUCCAAGAGGUUCCUUACCUAAAUGGGUAGUGAAUAGAGUCUCUCAAUUUGUCGGACCGAAGGCCAUGAGGAAGAUCUACAAAGCGUGCCUGAAGUACCCCGAGUGGAAACGGAAGCACGACCCUAACCUGAAGCCGUGGAUGUACCCAGAGCAGAACACGCUGCCAUGCAUGAGUGCUUCAGAGCUCACUGUGCAGAGAGCAGAUUCGCUGGAGAACAUCGAUGAGAGUGGCUUAAACGAGGAUAAGAUCCAGCAUCACAGCGAAGAUGAGGAGACCUAAACCCCCAGACUCUGCUUUUACAUGAGAGUGCAUGUAUGUGUGAGUGUGUGAGGAAGUCAGUGUGUAUUCAUUUACACCGGUAGUUCUGCAGAGUAUGAAUUAUUAGUUCUCAGCUGCAUCUUAUGCAUGCUUUGCUAUGCAUUGCUGACGACCAUAAUGGUGCUCCUUUCAAGGUUUUUGACAUAUUAAUGAUUGUGAUUGUUUGCACUACCAAUCCCAAUGUAAUAGAAUUGCACAUAUCAUUAAUACAGGUUUGAAGAUUUUAUUCAAAAUGAGCUCGUAUACAUUUAUACAUGAACACAAACAAAUUGGCAUAUUACUGCUGGUAAAAAUUAAAAUCUUUGGGCUACUGUUGCAAUGCUUUUUCAGUCAUCUCUUCUGUGAGUGAGCAUCGGUUUUGUAGUGUCUGUUUUUUUGUGUCUGAUAUUACUCAAAUCGAUGACUGUGAAUCAAAUGUCACAAUUCCAGUGUAGGUUUCAUCUGGGCAUUUACAGUCUCAUUUCCAAGGCACUCUACCUGUAGGAAGUGAGAGUUCUUUAGAACUCUGUGGCUGGCUGCAGGGAUUUUCACUUCAAUAUCUUUACCUAUGCAUCAGUAAGAUCUCAGGAGUUGUAAAAAGCAUUGCUAUCUGCCUUUCUCAAAUUUAAAUUAUACGUGUUUCUAUCUCUCUGGUCACUUUUCCCAAUUCAUUUCUGAAUAAAUAUCUUUAUAUUGUACUCUGGGAAUGAUUUUAUGCAUCCUUGUAUUUGUUCGAUGUCGUUCUCAUAGCAGAUUUAAGCAUGCAUGCUUUCUAUAAGACUCUCACAUCAAGAGUCAAGCAUUCUUAGAUAAAAAUGUCAUUUUCAUUUACAUGUUUUUUUUUUUUUUUUUUUUUUUGCAUGUACCAUUUAUAUCCAUGGUUUGGCUGAGCCUUUGAAAAGUUGUACUGUUUUGAGCUAGUCUUGCAGUCUGAUCUAGACUUUUAGCCUAUUGAAAAAAAAAAUUAAUUUCUAUUUGAUUGGCAUGACAAGGAAUGUUUUUGAGACUGUCUAGUACUUUGAAAUGAGUGUGAAAUGUUAACCCAAAGAGAAUUUGCUUUUCUUUUCUCCUCCAUUUGGCAAGAAAGGGAGGUCUGUGCCUGCCUCCACUCUUUUCCAUCCAAAAGCCUACAGCUGGCCACCACUCCUCAAACUCUCCAUUGUCUCCAACACUUCCUGCUUCCCAUUUGGAGCAGUUCCUGCCUGCAUCAGUCAGAUUGUUCUGCAGGGAAGGAAACUGCACAAGUCAGGCCUCUCUGGUUUCACACAGCACACUCCUGUUACUUUUACAGAGUUUAUGGGUUUCUUCACAUCCUAUUUUAAAAAGUUGUAUUUUCUUAAAUAAAGUGUAUUUCCUAUGACUGUGAUGUAAUGCUGUGUUUCUCAUUGUUGACAUCCAGUCGAAAUUGUGAAGUUCAUGGACGAAUUCGUAUGAAUUCGUGCAUGGCACAUUUUCAAAUUACAUUAAAUUUCAAGUUUAAGCUAUGUGUUUCUGUGUGACUGUCAAUCUUACCAAAGAAUAUAACUACUU